CUAUACUCGUCAGGGAUUCCCUGUAACGCGGCAAUCCUAAAGGAAAGAUAUAUCAGAAAAUUUUGAGAGAAGCAGAGAGGCAAAUAGCUGUAUUCUCAUAAGCAUAACUUCAAGAUUAGGUAACAACCCCCUUUUUUUGGGUUUUUCUCCUACUUCUGGUUCUCCCCUCUCACAAGAAGCGAACCCUAGCAAGAAAACAGACUUGGACAUUUGGAUUUGCGUGUCUCGUUUCAGGUCUCAUUUUGGGUUGGUUCUUUCUGGUGAGAGUUAUAUUUUUGUGGGAGAAAGACAGAAAUCAAAUGCCGGAGGAAGAUUUGGUUGAACUUAAAUUCCGGUUAUAUGACGGUUCAGAUGUUGGCCCCUUUCAGUACUCUCCAACUGCUACAGUCUCAAUGCUCAAGGAGAGAAUUGUCUCCGAGUGGCCUAAAGACAAGAAGAUUGUGCCAAAAUCAGCUAGUGACAUCAAGUUGAUAAAUGCUGGUAAGAUUUUGGAGAAUGGUAAAACUGUUGCACAGUGUAAAGCUCCAUUUGAUGAUCUCCCUAAAUCCGUCAUUACAAUGCAUGUUGUUGUGCAACCAUCUCCAACAAAAGCAAGACCAGAGAAAAAAAUCGAAGAGGAAGCCCCACAAAGAAGCUUUUGCUCAUGUACCAUAAUGUGAGAACAACUUCUCUGCGGUUUUUUGCUAGAAGACCCUAAAAACUCAAACCACCAUUUUCGCGCUUCAUAUUCUAUAUAUUCAUCACAAGUUCAAAGAAAGCUUCAUCAAUGGCGUCAUAAAGCUGGUCUAUUGUAAUUGUUUAUCUUUUGUUCUGAUGAAAAAAACUCUUCUUUGGAGCAUCCAUUAUAAAGAUAAGAGUUUUGUCUUCUUUUUUGUUUCCAUAAACUAAUUCUAGUAUCUUUGUAAACAUAUCUUGUAUGGUUCUGUUAAUCUUUAGUACACCUUAGACCUGUCUUUUCUCUAUCAGGAAUUCAGGAUACGUCCAAAA